CAGUUUAUUCUUUUAAAAAAUAUCGUAUGUUUUUAUCUAACAACAUAGGAGAUAACUUGACAAUAUAUUCACGGUUUAAACGAACGUAUAACAUAAACAAGUUUUCAAGUUUCAUGAGAAUUGAAAAGUCAAGGUCUUUAUGAACAUCUGACAAAAACUAUAAUAAAAUUACCGCAUAUUUUACAAGAUACAUUUAUAGUUAACUAUUCGUCUUACUAUAUUUAACGUACUGAACUGAAAACACUGUAAAAAGUAUAUUAAAGAAAAUUAUUCUACGAGGCAUUAAUAUUUCAUAAAGCUUAAUGCUAGGACGGAGAAAUAUAGUCAGUAUUUACUACAUUAUACAGUAUACCAAAAUAAUAAGGGUAUGUUAAUUUAAUGAUCCGGAUAUAAGUUGUAAGUGUCACGGGGCCUGCACGCACUAAAAUAUGUCUUCGUUGGAAAAGAAUGGCAAUGUCAAUGGCGAGGCAAAGGGCUUGUACAGUUCCAAUGGCCAGCUAGACAGUACCGAUGGGAAAGCAGAAAUGAAGAAAAGUGUUGGCCUGUUUUCUGGGACAGCGCUUAUUGUCGGAACUAUGAUAGGUUCUGGAAUCUUUAUUUCCCCUAAAGGCGUGUUAGAAGGGACAGGCUCGGUAGGAUUUAGUCUCAUUAUAUGGGUAGCAUGCGGACUGCUAUCCAUGCUAGGUGCUCUCGCUUAUGCCGAAUUAGGGACGUGUGUUCCCAGAUCUGGCGGGGAACACGCUUACCUCAUGUACACGUUUGGAAGCGGCACGCGGCGCAUUGGCACAGUUGUCGCAUUUUUGUUUGAUUGGGUUGGGCUGUUCAUUCUUCGACCGAUUAUGUUUAGUGUGAUGACUUUGUCUCUGGGUACAUAUGUAGUGAAACCAUUCUUCCCGACAUGUACAGAACCUCCCAUGUAUAUUGUUAAACUGUGCACAGUCCUCGCCAUGCUGAUUUUGGGUGCAAUUAACGUAUUCAGUGUAAAGAUGGCUACAUAUCUCCAAAAUGUUACAACUAUCACCAAACUUGUGGCAUUAGCUAUAAUUACUAUCGGGGGAAUCUACAAAAUUUGCUCAGGAGAGACAGAAUACAUAGCUUCCGGAUUUGAAGAUACACGAGAGGAUCUAUCACUCAUAUCAAUUGCAUUUUACAAUGGUCUUUGGGCAUACGACGGAUGGAAUAAUCUAAACUUCAUUACAGAAGAGUUGAAAGAGCCAGAAAAAAACCUGCCUCGCAGUAUUUUAAUUGGAAUUCCUCUCACAACACUUGCAUACUUGCUUGCCAAUGUCGGUUACUUUGCUGUAAUGUCAAAAGAAGAGAUUUUACUGUCUCAUGCUGUAGCCGUGACCUGGUCAACAUACAUGCUUGGAGUAAUGUCGUGGUUAAUGCCUGUCUUUGUUGUUUUAUCUUGUAUCGGGUCUGCCAAUGGCUGCUUGUUCGCUACAGGGCGGUUAUGUUUCGCAGCAGCUCGUGAUAAUCAUUUUCCAAAAGUUUUAUCAUUUAUUCAAGUUACAAGGUUUACUCCGAUGGCUGCUAUAGUUUUUACCGUUAUUGUUUCCAUGAUAACACUGAUACCUGGUGACCUCAGCACAUUGAUUGAUUUUUACAGUUUCUGUAUAUGGGUGGGGUACGGUGCGACAAUGGUCGCACUUCUUGUUUUAAGAUACAAAGAGCCAACACUCCAUAGACCUUACAAGGUGCCAAUAUUUAUACCUAUCUUUGUGUUCAUUAUGUCAAUAUACCUCACUGUAUCGCCAAUAGUACAGACGGGACGGAUCACGUUCUUUUAUGCUGUUCUCUUCAUCUUCUCAGGACUGUUUGUGUAUUUUCCAUUUAUCUACUACAAUUUGAAAGUACCUUAUCUUGAUAGAGGCUAUCGAUUCAUACAGAUUUUAUUUCAAUUGGUACCACCACAUACAUCAUGAGACAAUAGUGGAAUGGGACAUUGACAGACAGGACAUAAGCAAUCUAAACAGGGUCGAUAAAUGCAUACAUAAUUUAUUGCAACUAAAUGUCCUCCAGAUAUAGCGGAAGCCAAAACACUUGAAGCAUUGGGACUUUUGAUAAAAAAAUAGGACAUUUUAGCAAAUUGUGAUGAUCGCGAUUAUCUAAUCUUGAUGUCUUAAUUGGAACUGUGUUAUGACAUGAACUGUACUUGUACUGUAAAUGUAACUUUAUUUUACCGUUCAUGACAGUUAGUGUGAUAUAACAUUUUAUCAUUAUAACAUUUAUCUUCUGCAUCUUUUAUAUAUUACAUCAUGUGUAAAAUUGUUUCACUUUGUUGUCCUUGCAUAGCAUAUGUAAAAAGGAAAAAACUUCUGUUAUUUCUUAAUUUUUCAAAGUAAUAUAGUCAAAUUGCUCAGAAUCUUAAUGCUUAGAGCAAUCAAGUCAACCACUUUGCCUUGCCGUUUUCUGUGAUCAUCUAGACAAUACACGCACGGGACAUCAUUUGUGUGUUAUAAUCUAACUAACUGUAUUUUUAGAAGAGACAAUUUCACCUUAAUAACUUGUAAUAUUUAAAAAAUAGUUUUGACUUCAGCUUUUGCAUGAAGUUUAGGUCAAACACUAUAAAUCAAGAUACUGCAGUCUUGAUAAGCCGGUACAAGGAGCGUGAUGGGAUGAAGACGCUUUCAUCCCAUCAUAUUUGUGUACAUCAUAUAUGUAUAAUAUGAUAUGUGUAUCAUGUGUAUAUGAAAAUAUUGUCCUAAUGUUAUGUGUUACACAAUAUUCCCAUUUUGUUGUUAAAUUCUUUUUCUAAAAUAUGAAGCAUCCAAAAGUUACUUUGUAUUUUUCUGAAGUACGGAGAUAUUUAGCUAUUAUAAUAAUAAUAAUAAUAAUAAUGUUUCCGCCACUGUCAGAAGUUCUUUCUUUAUAAAACGAAAGCUUACUGGGUGUGGGGCGUUUAUAUUUCAGAACAGUAUGUGUCUAGAUAGGCCUUUGUUGAUAUUAUUUCUGGGCCACAUUUUUCAAACAUCUUUUUUGUCUAUGCGUUUUAGAAAAAAAAUGUAGUUUGUAAGAUAAUUUAUUCAUGUAUUAAUUUGAAACAAUGAGUUUUGUAUGUCAUUUUCUUAUAGUAACAGCUAUUGUCUACAUGUGUUGAAUGAUUAUUGUUUAUUGGCUUAACCCUUAUCAUGCUGGACACGAUUGAUUAUGCCUUUGCGACCAGUGUAGAUCGUGGUCAGCCGUGCAGUCUGAUCAAGAUCUUCACUGUCAGCCAUUCAGUCAGUAUAUUUCUGGUAAGCACCCCUUUUAACUGUUAAUGGUACUGUACAUUGAAAGAUGGACAAGUCCAUUAUAGAAAUUCAGCAGGGUAAGGGUUAAAAUCGAACUUAUCUGUCACGUUUGUGCCUUCUUUGGUUAAUGUAUGCCUUUAACUUUUCUACCGGUGAUAGACACAACAGGGCCAUGUUUUAUUUACAUUUUAUAGCUUUUUUUAAGCACCGGAAUUUGCUCACCAAUAUUUAGAUUUUGUACAAUUUCUUUUCCUCGGUAAAUUGAAGCUAUGAGCCGCGCCAUGAGGAAACCAACAUAGUGUGUUUGCGACCAGCAUGGAUCCAGACCGGCCUGCGCAUCCGCGUUGUCUUGUCAGAAUACAUGCUGGUCGCUUUCAAAGCCUAUUGCUAUUAGAGAAACCGUUAGCGAACAGCAUGGAUCCUGACCAGACUGCGUAGAUGCACAGGCUGGUCUGGAUCCAUGCCGGUCGCAAAGCCACUAUGUUGGUUUUCUCACGGCGCGGCUCAGUUGAAGAUAUCUUACUGUUGGAUUACUCAGGCCAUGCAUUCCGGUCGUUUUAUAAAUUGUAGUUAGCAAUAUUUCAUCAAAACCUGUUUUGUACUAAUAAAAUACAAAAACUUGAACUCUUUACUCGUUUUUAAUAAGCUCCCAUGAACAAAUUUGAGCAUUACUUUUGAAAAGCCUUGCAUUAGCCACACCUCUGUGUUAAUAAAUUCCAACUCUAUAAUAAUGAUUUUGAUAUUCAUUAUGCAGAGACUUUCACAAAUAAAACCAUG